AUGUCGGAAUAUUCCACCAAAAAGAAAAGGUCUUCAGAAAAUUUCAGAUUACUUCCCGUAGAAAUCACAACCGAUAUCAUGCUAAGGUUGCCUCUCAAGUCCUUACUCACAUGCACAGCAGUCUGCAAAUCAUGGAAUUCUCUGUUUAAAUCUCUGUUUAAAACCUCCGACUUCAUUGAAGACCAUCUCAACGCCACCAUCCAAUUCUACCGCCAAAACGAUGUUCACAACCUUCUGAUAAGGAAGCAGGUGGAGAGUUACUCACUGUAUCGGCAUAACCCUUCUGAACUUGGCACUAGUGAUCAGCAUAUUGAGCUUCCAUAUCCGUCGAAAUUCAAAGCCGAUCUUCAGUCUUUUCAUGAUCGGAGCUGGUUGCGUAGAAUGGUCGGAACUUGUAACGGGCUUGUAUGUCUUGCAGGUGCUACUGAAGACAUCACCAUAAUAAUUUGGAACCCUACAGUUAGGAAAUUUGUGAUCUUGCCAAGGCCUGUUGAUAUUUUUAAUUAUGAUGAAAAUCCUCGACAAACUCAUCAUGCAUUUGGUCAUGAUCCGAGAAACUAUAAGGUUUUGAGAAUAGUGAGUGAUCGUAAAGAAGAACCAGCAGUUAGGGUUGAAGUUUACUCGUUAGCUAGGGGAUCGUGGAGAAGUCUGCUUGCUGCUGCAGUGCCUGCUUGUUUCAAGCCUGCAGAUGAAUCUAGUUAUUUCAUCAAUGGUGCUUCACAUUGGAUUCAAAAAACCCGAAAGAGAGUUGGAAAGCGAAGAGUAUGUAAUCAUGUUGUUCAAUAUGGAAACUGA